AUGGCACCAGAAAAUCAACCAACGAUGGGUUCUCCGAUUUUUUCUGGCGAUAAUUAUCAUAUUUGGGCCAUUAAAAUGAAGGCCUAUUUGAAGGCUCUCAACUUGUGGGAUGUCAUUAAGAGAGGAGAACCUAUUGUCCAGCCAUUGAGAGACAACCCAACUCUCAAUGAUAUAAAAAAGUAUGAUGAGUUGGUGACUAAAUCACCAAAAGCUCUCACUUGCAUAUAUUCCAGCCUUACGGAAGUGAUGUUUACAAGGAUUAUGGCUUGUGAGAUAGCCAAAGAAGCCUGGGAUAAGCUAAAGGAGGAGUUUGAAGGCAGCAACAGAGUUAAGUCCGUUAAGGUCUUAGCUUUGAAGAGGGAGUUUGAGCUCUUGAAGAUGAAGGAUUCGGAUAGUGUGAAAGAGUACUCUUCCAAACUGAUGGAUAUUGUGAACCAAAUAAGGAUACUUGGUGAAAACUUUCCAGACCAGAAGGUUGUAGAGAAGAUCAUGGUUAGCCUUCCGGACAAGUUUGAAUCAAAAAUCUCAGCUAUUGAAGAGUCUUCUGACUUGACUACUCUUUCAAUAGCUGAGUUGAUCUCUAAAUUGCAAAUCCAAGAGCAACGGGUAACCAUGAGAAGCGAAGGGACAGUCGAAGAUGCCUUUCAAGUAAGGCAUAAAUUCAGGCAACAAAAGGAAGAAAAAAAAAGUCUCUUUAGACCACUCUGGAGAGGUAAAAUUUGGUGGAUACCAAGAUAUUGCAAGAAAUAUGGGCACAUUGAGAAGUAUUGCAGGCAAAAGCAAACUCAAAGUGGUCAGUCUUCCCAAAGAGUAAAUUUUGCGGCAGAUCACCAAGUUGAAAAAAUAGAGGAGGAGGUAUUCAUGGCUUCGCACACAUCACAUGUUGACUGA